ACACCGAUUGUGUUUCACACACGCUUCUGACUACUGGAAUUCACAAAGCUUUCUGGAAUUACUUAAACAGACCGAAAGAGUGUCUCCUGCGGAUUAAUCAGUGUAUGUGUGAGAUAUGAGCGGAAGGCCUCGAGCAGUUCUUGGUUUAGAGGAGGAAGACAACCGGACUUUGUCGCGGAGGGAAGCUGAUAACCUUCUCAAGACACGCUUUCUAGAAGCGCUCACGCGUAACGAUGCAGUUGAGGUUGCAAAAAUCCUUCGCUCCACCAGCAUUGACAUAGACACUGUGUUAGACGUGGAGGACCGCGAUAUGAUCCUUGCCUCGUAUAAGCAAGGUUACUGGCUACCAAGUUAUAAAUUGGAGACAUCCUGGGCUAUGGGUCUUCAUGUGUGUAUGAUGUACAAUGCAUUGGAGAGUGCCAUAGUCCUUCUGCAGAACGGGGCAGCGGUCAACAGGAAACCUAAUGGGAAAACCCCUCUACAUGUGGCAUGUACGGUGUCUAAUGCUGACUGUGUGGGACUUCUGCUGGAAUGGGGCGCACGAAUCAACAGUAUGUCACUGAGCGGACAUACUCCAUUACACUACUGCAUUACACGAGAGUCUUUGGACUGUGCCAAACAUCUUGUUCUCAAAGGAGCAAAUAUCAACAAGCCCAGCGAGGAGAACCAGGACACCCCUCUGCACACCGCGGCCCGAUACGGCAUCCCAGAGCUGGUGGCUUUCUACAUUGCCCAUGGAGCUGAUAUCAAUGCAGUCAACGGCUACAUGGAAACACCUUUGAUCACUGCUGCAUUCUGGGCUAUGGAUAUUCGCGAGCGGACCUACAACUCUGAACACCAUCUUGUCUGCCGGAUCCUGUUGGACCACAACGCUAACCCACAUUUAUACGAAGAAGACGACAAGACGGCACUGCACAAAGCUUGCUGGAAUUGUGACCAUGUGCUUAUCCAAAUGUUACUGGAGGCCGGUGCCAAGACUAAUGCUAUGGAUGUUAAUGGAUGCGCAGCUCUACAGUAUCUGCUGAAGGUGACUCAGAUCAGGCCGUGGGCCAUUCCUGAACGCUGCUAUCAGCUGCUUCUGAACUACGGAGCAGCACGAGUGUAUCCCCCACAGUUUCACAAGGUGUUGCAGGCAUGUCACGAAUACCCCAGGGCAGUGGAGGUUAUGGUCAAUUCUUAUGAACAUAUCAAGCACACUAAAAAAUGGAGGGCUGCUAUUCCUGAAGCCGUAUAUGAGAGAUACAAGACUUUCUAUGAUUCUUUGUUUGCCGUCUGCACCAACAAUCCACGUACUCUACAGCAUCUGGCCCGAUGUGCAAUACGUGCUGCUAUGUCGUAUCGCUGUGAACUGGGUGUCCAGCAACUCUUUCUUCCUUCAUCAGUAAAGAAAUACUUACUUCUGGAGCCUGUAGGAAUCAUAUAUUGACAUUUCUGCAUUAUACGACUUGUGUAUUUUCUUCAAAUUUUGUUACAAUGUCAACAAUGCUCCAAAGCUUGCUUACUUUUUGUUUUCCUGUGUUUUAGAAAUAUUUUUUCUUUAUUUUAUCCUUUACCAGGGAACAAUAAUAAUGCUGACGUAUUUAUUAUUAAUAUGUAUUAUUACAAAUAAAUAUUUAAAAAGAUAUAAAUAAUAAAUAACUGGAUAUUAAUGCUAAUAAUAUUUAACAAGCCUAUUCUAAAUAUUAGUACUUAUACAUUCAAAAGUUACCAUCUUCCACAUUCAUGCAUAAAAAGCCUCAUGUUUUAAUGAAAGACUAUCUAGAUUUGCACUGCAUGUAAUCAAACUCAGGUCUUAAAGAAGAAGUUCUUUUGCAGAACAAAAAUUUACGGUAUUUACUCACCCCCUUGUCAUCCAUGUUCAUGUCUUUCUUACUUCAGCCGUAAAAAAAAAUUAUGUUUUUUGAGGAAAAUGUUACAGGAUUUAUUUCCAUAUAGUGGACUUCAAUGGUGCCCUCAAGUUUGAACUUCCAAAAUGCAGUUUAAAUGCAGCUUCAAAUGGCUCUAAAGGAUCCCAGCCAAGGAAGAAUGGUCUUAUCUAGUGAAACGAUCAUUUAUUUUCUAAAACAAAUUUACAAUUUAUAUA